AUGACUACAUAUAUUUUGCAAGCACUCAUUCUUUCCGCUAUAACAGUCAGCAUUGCCGCAGCAGUUCAACCCUUCAACAUAGGCGUUAACUAUGGGAUGUUAGGAGAUGACAUACUAGAUGCAAUUGAAGUUGUUAAAAUAUUGAAAAUGUAUAGCAUUGACAACCUUAGGAUUUUGGCCCCCGAUCAUGCAACACUGGAAGCUCUAAGAAAAUCCAACAUCAAACUUUGUCUAGGUAUAAGAAAUGAAGAUUUACCAUAUUUAGCAACACGACAGAAAGAUAUGAACGAAUGGUUUGCCGAAAACGUGCAGCCAUACGUCGAGGACGUUAUCUUCUCAUAUAUUACAGUUGGGCACGAAACCAUCCCAAGUGAUUACGCUCCAUUCAUUUUGCCCGUAAUGCAAGAUCUGCAAACCCUUCUUCAUUCUCACGGUCUAGAUAGUAUAAAAGUGUCAACAGUGAUCUCAACAGCCACGCUUGGAACUUCUUCCCCACCUUCUCAUGGCAUUUUUUCAACCGAGACAAGAGUCACAAUGAUUGAUGUUCUGAAAUUUUUAAAGAAUACCAAUUCACCUCUUUUGAUCAAUGUGUAUCCUUAUUUUGUCGUCGCGGAAGAUCCAGUGAACGUACGAUUGGAUUAUGCACUAUUCACGGCGAAGGACGUUGUUGUUAAGGAUGGGAACUUGAGUUAUUAUAAUAUGUUUGAGGCCAUAGUAGAUUCUUUUUUCUGGGCGAUGGAGAAAGAGGGAUUCAGUGAUGUGGAAGUUGUGAUCUCUGAGAGUGGUUGGCCUUCUGCUGGGAACGGUAAUCUCACAACUCCGGAGAUGGCCUACACUUAUAAUUAUCAUUUUGUGAGACGUGUGCAGAAUUUUGGAACGCCAAAGCGACCGCAGGCGUCCUUGGAAGGAUUUAUAUAUGAAUUGUUUAAUGAGAAUAGAAAGGGUACUACUGUGGAGCAAAAUUUUGGGAUUAUGUAUCCCAAUAAGCAGCCUGUUUAUCCCCUUUCAAUUAAUCAAUUGUUUCCUAGUUUGAAUAAGUGA